AUGGCGGAGAACGAUCACCGCCUCCCUUCGCCCAUCGAGAUCCCAGGUCCGACCUCACCGCAGUCGAGCCUGCUCGCGGGGCGCCAACGAUACCUUCUCUUCCCACGCUUCACCCUCGAGUCCGGAGUCGAGCUCACCAAUGUGCCCGUCGCGUUCAAGACGUGGGGCACACUCGCUGCCACAAAAGACAAUGCGCUCGUCGUAUGCCAUGCGCUGACGGGUUCCGCCGACGUAGAGGACUGGUGGGGCCCCCUACUGGGCAAAGAUAAGGUCUUUGACUACUCGCGCUUCUUCGUCCUUUGCUGCAACGUGUUGGGCAGUCCAUAUGGGAGUGCGAGCAGCUGUACCCAGGCAGGUGGAGAGAGCGGAUGGGCGGAAGCGACGCAGACGGGGGUUGCAGAGGCGUUGGCGAGGAGCAAGAUGGAGUGGAAAGGCGAGGGUUGGUGGGGCCCCGAGUUCCCAGCUACGACCGUGAGGGACGACGUGAGGAUUCAGAAGCUAGUCCUCGAAUAUUUGGGCGUCGAAAGCAUUGCAGCGGUAGUCGGCGGCAGUAUGGGUGGAAUGGCGGUGCUCGAGUGGCCGCUCGUGUUUCCCACCCGCUACCCCGGGCAGGCGUCGUCCACGCAACGGUACAUUCAAGCUAUUGUCCCGCUUGCGACGUCAGCAAGACAUUCGGCAUGGUGCAUCUCAUGGGCCGAGGCUCAACGUCAAAGCAUCUAUUCGGACCCACUCUUUAAGCAUGGCUACUACGAGCCCGGCCAGCCUCCACGAAACGGGCUGAGCGCCGCACGCAUGGCUGCGCUAUUGACGUACAGGUCGAGGGACAGCUUCGAGUCGAGAUUCGGAAGGAGGGUGGGCAAAGCACUCAAGGGCGGAGGCGCUGCACCACAACAGGGCUUGCCGGGCAAGAAGGAGGAGGAGACGGCCAAGCGCGCGGAUGAACAGAGAAGGUCAUCGAUCGCAGAAGACGCAGCCGCAGCGCACAACGAGGGCAACCUCUCACCCCGCGUCAGGCCAUAUGGCAGCAACACUUCGCCCAAUGGCACCACCCGCAAUGGCUACUUUGGUGCAACCGCCGACACCAACAGCAACGGCGCUUCAGCAAACGGACCCUCCCUUUCGCCUACAGCGACGACACCACCAGUUCCCUCGACCCCGCAUCCGCCAACCGAGUUAUCCGACGAAGCCGUGGUCCCCACCACCUCUCUCCCGCCCGCCUCUGCGCCCGCAACCCGUCUCAUCGAACCCUUCAGCCCGUCCACCGCACCGCAGAUCUUUUCGGCCCAAUCCUACCUGCGCUACCAAGGCGACAAGUUUGUCAACCGCUUUGAUGCCAACUGCUACAUCCAUCUCACGCGCAAGAUGGACUCGCACGAUGUGGCGCGUGAUCGGUGGGGGUGGUCGCUCUCUCCUCUUUCUCGGUCCGCGGGUGUCAAGCCAGAGACUGCGGACGAGGAAGACGAGGCGUUGAUGAACGUUCUUUCCUUCCUCUCUGCGCCGUCGAUCCCCGGAAAACCAGACGCACCGGCAGUGUUGGUCGUUAGCAUCGAGAGCGACGGCCUGUUCGCCCCGCCCGAACAGGUCUUGAUACACAAGCUGGUCGAGGGCAGCCGGUUUGUCAGUGUUAAGAGCACCGAUGGUCACGAUGGGUUCUUGUUGGAGUUCGAACAGAUCAAUCAGUCUGUUGGAAGCUUCUUGCGGGAGGUGCUGGGCGAGCUGUACAAGAGGGACCCGGUCGAGAUCGGCGCUGCGGUGGAGGAGGUCAAGGAGAGCGUUUUCGGUGAGGUCGAGGACGUUACGCGGUGGUGA